GGCCCAGCCAGCCCCGGGGGCGGCCCCUUCGGGAGGGCAGCCUCCUCCCCGCCAGCGCGCGCGACAUGCAGCCCCGCAAGGCGGCUCGCAGCGGGCGCAGCGCGGACUCCAGCCCCAGCCUCAGCACGCCGCCGAGCACAGUCCGCAGCUGAGAGGGAGGGGUGGGGAGAGACGGGAAGAAAGGAGAGCAGCAGCGGGGCCAGAGGAGGGGGAGACAAAGAUGGAGAGUGGGAAAGGCAGAGAAAGAGGGCCAGGGGAGAAAGAAAGCAGCAGGAAAAGAGAUGGAGGAAAGAGGGGGUGGGAGGGAAUUCUCUUGUCUAGUUCCUCACUGGGGUUCGUCUGGUAUAGUCCUUCGCCCAUUAAAGAACAGGGCUCACCAAACCCCACCUGCCCACUGCUGGCCCCAGGGCUGGCGUUCAGACCAAGGUCACCUAGAGGUCGUUGCCUCUACAGAAGCAGAAGCCACCCCUGGCCGGGGGAAGAAGGGACUUGGUUUCCACACCUCUGGGAGUAUCUCGGAGGGGUGGGCUAGGCAAGUUGCAACAGGAGGGAGAGCAUCCCCUCCUUUGGUCCAUGGCACGUCCUACCAGGGCAGCAGACUGGGCUCAGUCCCAGGUCGCUCCAGCUUGGUUAGCUAAGGCUGUGAACCACAUAGACCAACUCUCCACAUUCCUGAGCAGUGAAAUACUUCCUUGGUUUUGUGGUCUACUACGCAGAGACCCAGUAUGGGAUGGGUGGUCUCACUGAUUUCCAAAGACUUUGUUCCUACUGGGCCCCUGAAACAAGUCCAGUCUUUCUGGGUCCUUUGAAAUACAACACAUUGGAGUUUCUUUUCCACACUUAGAAACCUGGCCAUGGGUUCCAUAGUCUCUAAGAAGGACCUUCACACCCCAGCUGGACACCUAGACCCCACACUUGACCACUGACUCGGCUGCUUUUCCCCCAGAGAAACCAAAGGUGUAUCAAGGUGUCCGGGUGAAGAUCACCGUGAAGGAGCUGCUGCAGCAGAGAAGGGCCCACCAGGCAGCCUCGGGGGGAACUUGGCUGACGGUGCAGGCUGGCAAUGGCUCAGUGUUCAGGACUGUCUGGAGACAACAGCGUGCACCUUUCAGACCCCAUCACACCAUCUUCUGCAGGGCUGUAUUUGAAGCCUGAGCCAAUUUCAUCCACACCCAGUUAUUUUCAACCACGAGACUUUCCCAGUUGUGUUUCUUGUGAAGAAAUCCCAAAUCUCCUCGACCAGAUCUUUGAUUCCUACCUUCAGACAGAGACGCACCUGGACCCUUCACUCAGUUCCAUGCAAAGCACUCCACACUGUUUGCAAGACAGCUUCCAGGCUGCCCCUUUCUGCUUUAACCAGAGCCUGACUCCAGGAUCGACUUUGGAUUCCUCCUCUCUUUCUGGCUCCUUAGACUACACCUAUUUACCUGCUCAGCUACCUUCAUAUGCUCCAGAGAACUACAAUUGUCUUCCUUCUCUGGACACCAGACACUGUGGCAAUCCUUCCGAAGACUACUCCUACCCUCCAUUGCCCCCACACAGCCAGUACGACUGUUUGCCUGCCGGCAGCUCCUCAGUCUGCUACUGUGCAUCCUGUGAGGCCGACCACUUAGACACCCUCCGAGCAUCGGAGUAUUUCUCCUGUCCCAGUGCAGACUAUGUGGACUUUGCUCCUUCAUUGCCAUUAGCCAGUGAUUUCUCUAAGAGGGAGACAAACUGUGACAUCUGCUAUAGCUAAUGGAAAUUGCAUUUAUUUGGAACAUGACAUGUGCAUCUCGACUGUUCUACCACACAAAUGACAGAAUGAAAUUUGCAGCCAGUUAACAACAUUUCUCCAGUGCCGUUGACAUGUCUCCAUUUUCAAUUUUCUGAUGCGUACUUAGGCACGAAUAGGAAAUCCUCAGGCCUGGUUGUAGUGUCAUUCCUACUUUGUAUGCUGUUGGUUAACAUUUUUGUAGGAAUCAUUCAGCUGUUUCACUUUUCUUUUCUAUGUAACGAACAAAUUCUAAUUUUUUUUUACUAAUAAAAAUAAUUUUGUUUUACUAAA